UGAUUCGUCAACGAAGUCAUUUUUUAAAAUUCACGUUCGGGUUGAUUCCAUUUUCGUUUCAGUUGAACUUACUGGUGUUUAACAGGAAUAUUUCUUUGAAUUUUCCCGAAAAUAAAAGCGUCGUGUGGCACCUUGCUCGUUCAAACGGUGCUUCUACCCGGAAAGUUGUGAGCGUCGGAAUUUCCGGUGAUGUCAGCACGCCAGGCCUCCAUUCGACCCGCAGCUGUUAGGAGGGAAACAACAACAACAAAAACGGGGCCGAGCGACGGGACGGGACGGGACUGGACGGGGCGGCCAACGGUGACAGUCCGCUCCGAGGCCUCCGAUCUGGACGUUGAGUCUCCUUCUCCCACCCGGAGCACCGCCGGUUUCUAACCACGGCCGCUCUCGGUGAGGAAACUCUGGCCUCCGCUUCCUCCUCCUCCGACUCGGACACCGGCGGAGCGUCGCCGCCCCCGCGGAAGAAGCACCGAGCCUCGGCGGCGGAGGGAGCAGGAGAGCCCGGGGCUUCAGCGGUUGCGCCAGGCCUUGCCGGAGUUGUCUUGGGACUCGGAGCCACAUCCGCCAUCCACUUUAACCGCGGCGCCGUCGGCCACCCGGGAAGCAGCAACAGCGGCAGUAGCGGCAGCAGCAUGCAGGCGAACGGAGCGGGGCAAGAACCGGCCGAGCUCUCCUGCCUAGGCGGCGCGCAGAACGGCGAGUCCUCCGCGGCGGCGGCGGCGGCUGGCGACGCUGACGGCGACGGCAGCCGCCGUCACUCGCUGCUCAGGUUUCUUCUCGACAGCGUGGGCACCAGCAACGGCUCGUCCACCUCCACCGCUUGCGCGGCCUCUUCGGGUUCCGAAGUGGGCUCGCUGAAGAAGAAGCGCUUGUCGCAGGCGGAGGAAGAUGUCAUCCGACUCAUUGGGCAGCAUCUCCACGGACUGGGGCUCAAUCAGACGGUGGACAUGCUGAUGCAGGAGUCGGGCUGCAAACUGGAGCACUCGUCGGCGAGCAAGUUCCGCAACCACGUCAUGGAAGGCGAGUGGGAUAAGGCUGAAAAUGAUUUGAAUGAACUGAGAGCACUGAUGCAUUCGCCCAACGCCAUUGUGCGUAUGAAGUUUUUGCUGCUGCAGCAAAAGUAUUUAGAGUACCUGGAAGACGGCAAAGUCCUGGAGGCUCUACAAGUGCUCCGAGGGGAGUUGACGCCGCUCAAAUACAACACGGACCGCAUCCACGUGCUCAGCGGGUACCUGAUGUGCAGCCACGCCGAGGACCUGAGGGCCAAGGCGGAGUGGGAGGGCAAAGGCGCAGCGUCCCGCUGCCGACUGCUGGACAAACUGCAAACCUACCUGCCGCCGUCGGUGAUGCUGCCCCCGCGGCGGCUGCAGAACCUCCUGCGACAGGCGGCGGAGCUGCAGAGGGACCGCUGCCUCUACCACAACACCAAGCUGGACGGCGGCCCGGACUCGGCGUCGCUGCUGACGGAUCACGUGUGCAGCAGGAAACAGUUCCCCUGUUACACUCAGCAGAUUCUGACCGAGCACUGCAACGAAGUGUGGUUCUGCAAGUUCUCCAACGACGGCACCAAGCUGGCCACCGGCUCCAAAGACACCACCGUCAUCGUUUGGCAGGUGGACCCGGAGAGCCACCAGCUAAAGUUACUUCGGACUUUGGAGGGCCACGCGUACGGGGUGUCCUACCUGGCCUGGAGCCCCGACGACACCUACCUGAUCGCGUGCGGUCCCGACGAUUGCUCUGAGCUCUGGCUCUGGAAUGUUCAGACGGGCGAGCUGCGAACCAAGAUGUCGCAGUCCCACGAGGACAGUUUGACCAGCGUGGCCUGGAACCCCGACGGCAAACGCUUUGUCACCGGAGGCCAGAGGGGGCAGUUCUAUCAAUGCGACCUGGACGGGAACCUGUUGGACUCGUGGGAGGGCGUGAGAGUGCAGUGUCUGUGGUGCCUGAGCGACGGCAGGACGGUGCUGGCGUCGGACACCCACCAACGGAUUCGGGGCUACAACUUUGAGGACCUCGCCGACAGAAACAUAGUGCAGGAAGACCACCCUAUCAUGUCUUUUACUGUUUCCAAGAACGGAAGAUUAGCUGUGUUAAAUGUAGCAACUCAGGGAGUGCACUUGUGGGACCUACAGGACAGAGUGCUGGUCAGGAAAUACCAAGGUGUCACCCAGGGCUUCUACACCAUCCACUCCUGCUUCGGAGGACACAACGAAGACUUCAUUGCCAGCGGCAGCGAAGACCACAAAGUGUACAUCUGGCACAGGCGGGGAGAACUUCCCAUCGCGGAGCUGACGGGCCACACGCGCACCGUCAACUGCGUGAGCUGGAACCCGACCGUCCCGGGGCUCAUGGCGUCCGCCUCCGACGACGGCACGGUGCGCGUUUGGGGGCCCGCGCCCUUCCUCGACCCGCAAGAGGCGGACGCGCUCAACGGUACCGCAAACGGGGGCGGAGUUACAAACACUUCUCCCGUAGGAAGUAGAAAUUUAAAUAUUCUAACUCGUCUCCUUAGAGAACGGCAGUAACACGGACAGUUAACGGGCGCUUCUCUCCCGAAAGCCCGCCAGUACUUCGACGUAAAAAUCCAAUCUCAACGCUGACCCAAAAAAACAAAACAAAAAAAACGCAAGCCACCAAGAGAGCAGACUGAGUCCCGGCGGACGAUGAUGACGGGCAAUUUGAUGUCCUCAUCUAAAAAAAAAAAAAAAGAAAUCCAGACCCAUCUGCGAAGAAGCAAGCACCGCCUACGGGUGAGCAGCAGAAUGUUUUCAAGAACGGGGACGUCACGUGUCCGCGAGAAGAAAGGGUGAAGAGGGGCAGCCAUUUUGUAACGUACACUAAGACUGCUAGUCAUCCAAAAAAAAGUCAGGAUGUUGGGUUUUUUGGGGGAGGAAAUUUCCACGACCUACUUAGUUGGACCUUCUCUACACUUGUCGCAAAUUCGGUACAAUACCAUUGAGUGCAAUUUUAGUUGCAAAAAAAGAAAAAAAAGCGGUAAGUUACAUGGCCGGAAUGGUGCGCUUCAACCUCCAAGUGCAUGCACCGCUGUUUGGGUUGAAUUGUGAAUUUUACCCAGAAGCCCAACAUCCCCAACUUUUUGUGUCACCCUCCUUGCAACACAUGCACAAAAAAGUGUCAAUGGUGACUUUACUCCCUACUUUUCCACUUCUUUGACAAUAUAGUGAGGGCAACCCUCGCGCUGCUGCACAAUGACAUCUGCCUGAAUAAGGAGGAGGAUGCAUAUCAGAGAGCGUGUGUGUGUGUGUGGAAGGGCUUCAUACUCGUGACAAAAUCUGUGACCCUUUUCCCCCUAGCGCGUGUGUAUGGAAAGCCUAUUCUUUCUAAUUCAUAAUAUCCAGUGGAAGGCCAUGUGCUAGUGUACGGUCUGUCUUCAUGAGAAAGACGAGGAAAGCGACGGUCUUACUAGUACUUUUUUUUUUCCCCCCA